AUGCAGAUCACCAACAUCCUCAUCGCCGCCCUGGCCGCUGGCUCUGCCACAGCCGCCUCCGUCUCCUCCCGCGCAGCCCGCCUCGCCGCCCGCCAGACCGGCGCCCCCUGCGAGCGCAUCGGCGCCAACGACGCCAACUUCGGCGUCGCCGACCUCUCCUCGGGCGUCGUCGUCAAGAAGGUCCUCUCCUUCGCCGUCGGGCCCUCCGCCUCGGGCCCCUGCUCCCUCAUCGGGCAGUUCAACGCCGGCUUCCCCAUCGACCUCGGCGGCGCCGAAUUCUCGCGCCUCGACGUCCGCAACGUCGCCACCGGUGCGCUCGUCGGCUCGUUCCCCCCGCUCAAGGUCGAGAACAACGUCGUCGUCGAGGACACGUUCGUCACGAUCAACAGCUUCACCUGCGCGGACAACGUGGCGUUUGAGUUUGCGAUUGCGAACGACGGCGAGGCGGAUGUUGAUAUCAACGUCACCUUUACUGCGUCUGAGCAGGGCGGUUUCUUCAUCAAGAAGGGCGACCAGUGCCCCAUCUAA